CAGGACUAGUAGAUUGACUGGAGAAUUAAAAUUAUCGCUCCGGGCUCAAAGUCAGAUCUAUCAACAUGCCGCCACCUAGUACUAGUCUGUGCCACCUUCUCCCAAUCUGCAUAUAAAGCACGAGGGCGGCCCGCGCUCUCGGGCUUGCGAUUGCUUUAUCUCUUCUUGAAGACACCCUUUCCAACGAGAACUGCCUGUCGCACGCUUCUUGGUUGCAGCCACUGAGCCAAGAUGGCCGAGAGCGAAGCUCCCUCAUUUGCGCUUAAGGCGGAUCUUCAGACCGUCGUUCAGGCCGACUCCCAUGACGGAGAGAGUGCUUCCGCUGAAGCUCAGACAAAGCGUCGCACUCUUUCGGAUUUGAUCACUAUUAUUGCCAGUGGCUUCGCCCUGAUCAGCGAUGGAUACCAGAACAAUUUGAUGACAAUGGUCAACGUACUUCUUGCCAGUCAAUACAAGGAGCAGUACACGUCGGCCGUCAAGACUCGAGUUUCCAACGCUCUCUUGGUGGGCGAAGUCAUCGGCCAGAUUGUUAUUGGACUUACCUGUGAUUACCUCGGCCGCAAGGCCGCUCUUGUUUUUACCACCGCGAUGAUAGUCGUGGGUGGGAUUCUCGCGACCGCCUCCAAUGGAUAUACCAUCGACGGGAUGUUCUGGAUGAUGACGGUAGCGCGUGGCAUCGUUGGCUUCGGCACCGGCGGAGAAUAUCCCGCUUCCUCGACAUCAGCCUCCGAAGCGGCCAACGACCUGACCCUCAAGCAACGCGGCCCCGCCUUCAUCAUGGUGACCAACUUCCCGCUGUCGUUCGGCGGGCCCUUCGCGGUCGCGAUCUUCCUGAUUGUCCUCUCUGCCUGCCACCAAUCCCACUACAGCACUGUCUGGCGCGUCUGUUUUGGGAUUGGCUGUAUCUGGCCGCUGUCCGUCUUCUACUUCCGGUUCCGAAUGAUGAACUCGGCCCUCUACCGCCGCGGGGCCAUCAAGAAGCACGUCCCUUAUACCCUCGUGGUCAAAUACUACUGGAAGUCUCUCAUUGGAACCUGCGGAGCCUGGUUCUUGUACGACUUCGUCACAUUCCCCAACGGCGUAUUCUCCGGAACCAUCAUCUCCUCCGUCAUCAAGGACAGCUCCGUCAUGAAGACCGCCGAAUGGCAGCUCCUGUUGGGCGUGAUCGCCCUGCCCGGUGUCUUCCUCGGCGCCAUUCUGUGCAACCGCGUGGGACGCAAGAACAUUAUGAUGAUCGGGUUUACUGGGUACCUGGUAUUCGGCCUGAUCAUCGGCUGUGCGUACGACAAAAUCACCAAGAUCAUUCCCUUGUUCGUGAUCUUUUAUGGGUUGAUGCAGAGCUCGGGCAAUUUUGGCCCCGGCAAUAUGCUGGGUUUGCUCUCGUCGGAGAUGUACGCGACGGGUGUGCGCGGGACGUGCUAUGGCAUUUCGGCAGCCUUUGGUAAGGCGGGCGGUGCGAUAGGGACGCAGGUGUUUACGCCCAUCGAGAAUCACCUGGGCAAGAAGUGGACAUUCAUUAUUGCAGCCAUUUGCGGUGUGGUGGGCGUGGUGGUGACGUACUUCUUUGUGGAUGAUAUCUCCGGGGAGGACUUGCGGGUCCGCGAUGAGAAGUUCCGGGCGUAUUUGGUGGCGCAUGGGUGGGAUGGGGAGAUGGGGGAGGACGAUUUGAAGGGUGUUGCGGAUGAGGGGAUUUGUCCUACUAUUGUUGAGGACAGUAAGACGAGUCGCUGA